AUGAGUGGCUAUUUCGCUGGAUCUCUUCGGCGUGCUAUUGUUGACCCGAAUAGAUGCGUCUUCAAUGAUUGCAUGAACCGCAAUCUGUCGGAUAUACUGGAUAUGACCAAAGCAAAAAUUUUAGUAGAGCACAAUUUCUAUUUACCGCCGACAAGCCGAAUGUGCCUUCAGCACCUCGAAGAGGAAAACUGGGAGGAUUUAACCAGCUCGCUGAAUAAUACCAUUAGCGACUUUACUUUAGAACUGAAGGCGGCCGAGACAACUCAGCUGAUGGGUUCCUUGUCAGCUCCGCGCGUCACUGCUUCGCGCGCGUUCGAGAGAGUAGGCAUCGAGUUCGUUGGGUCGGUAUCAGCCAAGAACAGCCGAAUUGGAAAAGGAUACAUCGCUGUGUUCAUCUGCUUCACUACCAAGGCCAUACAUCUUGAUUUUUUGCAUAUCAUUGCAAUAGUAUUUAAAGCAGCGCGCUGGUUUGGAAUUCCUUCACAGGGAGCAAUGGCGACAAUGUGUAUAUCUUUAAUCAUACUUGUGAUGCUUUUUGCGUUAGAAGUGACCGCAAUUUGGAAACUCGCAAGGACUUUUGGUGGGUGGGAUGUUGUAGAAGGUAGUGUGAUCGCGCGUUUAUCGGGAGCUAUAUUCUAUGGAAAUGCUUUAUUUUCGCAAAUAUUAACAUGGAAAUUCAUAACAUCUUGGAAAUAUUUAAGUUAUCAUUGGAUGAGAGCUGACACAGCUUUAGGAGUUCCUCUAUUGGCAGAUGAUAAUAUUCGGAAAAAAAUUACCAUUGUAACAGGUGUCGUUUCCAUCUGUGCUACUUUGGAGCACGCAUUAAGUAUGAUGGCAGCGACUGGUUUUGACUGUCUGCCCGAGAACUAUUUUGAGAGAUACAUUUUGACUUCUCAUGGUUUUUUGCUCAAUUCACAUGAAUACAGUUUGUUAUUGGGAAUACCCAUAUUCUUGCUGAGUAAAUUUGCCACUAUUAUGUGGAACUUUCAGGAUUUGAUCAUCAUUCUUGUUAGCAUAGGCUUGACUUCAAAGUACCGCAGAUUGAAUUGGAAAAUGAAUUAUAUUAUAACAUUUGAACAGAAAAUAUAUAAUCAAAGCCUAAAGUAUUCACAAGUGCAAACGUGGCGCCGGCUUAGGCAAGCGUAUGUCCGGCAAGCGGCUUUGGUGCGCAGGGUGGGCAACAAACUCAGCCAUCUAAUUUUGCUCUCAAAUUUGAACAAUUUGUAUUUCAUCUGCUUGCAACUUUUUCUUGGGAUAAACAACGAACAAGGGCCACCAAUAAAUAGGAUUUACUAUCUGUUAUCUCUGAGUUGGUUAAUAUCAAGAGCUUGUGGUGUAGUCUUAGCUGCAGCUGAUAUACAGAUACAUUCAAAAAUCGCCUUACCUCUUCUACAAACAACGUGCAGUACUUUCAAUGUUGAGGUGGACAGACUGAAAAAGCAACUGAAGUUUGACAGGGUGGCGUUGCAAGGAAUGGGGCUAUUUUGUCUUGAUCGAAGGCUAUUGCUGAAAGUGGCAGCAGCUAUUCUUACAUACGAAUUAAUAUUAAUUGAGUUUGAUAACUAG